CUAAUCUGCCGUGUCAAUCUUGAGAGCACUAAAAAAGUCUCUCUGUCAACCUUGAGAGCAGCUCUGUAGUGAAUCUUUUUGAGUGGUGAGUUUGAGAUGUAAUUAGAUCACCCAUGAUGGACGAAAUAAAAAUCAUCUAGAUAGCACCCUAGAAGCCCUAAGCACUAUCAUUUACUGAUAUCAUUCACAUCAAAAAACACAGCCCAUAGUCAUCUUUCUCACAUGUUCCCUUUUAUUUCCCUCACGCCAUUGCCCUUUCGAUGUCGUUGCUUAGUCAAAACAACUCUCUUGUGUUUUUAUUCUUGCUACUAAGUAACUAGAAAUGUUGCAUCAUCUUGAUUCAAGCCUCCAUUCAUCGUAUGACCACAGGUUAUCCAUUUCAUGUUGCUUAGUUAGCAUAGCAAGACUCCCCUAGGAAUGGCCAACAUUGGUACAUACACAAUCAUUAUUAUGGCUGUUACCAUCUCGACUCUGUGUGUUGCUUUGCAGUUGUCCUAAAAAUGGCUUCCUAUUAACUGAUGCUUAAAUUUAAAGCAUCAAGCAGCAAUCAUAGUGACGUCCUCCUUCUCUACUCAUUUGCAUUUCAUCCACUACUAUAAGCUGCAAAAUGUUGGCUUCUGAGAGGAGCGCUCGCAGGGUGAUCAAGCAGAAUGCUACCCAAAAGAGGGUGAUGGACAGGCUGGAGUACAAGGAUGCGGUGCGUGGUGAGUAUGGCCGAAGACCGGUUUUCCAACGAAGUCUGCACAAUCAGCAAGUGCGUGCUGGUUUCGGGAAUCAAGUCCGCACCAUGAUGCAGAGGUUCAAAAAGCGCUUGUUCAAAAAACAAGGGAGCAGAGGAAACCACGCAUAUGGCUAUGGGACGUCAUCGCUGCUGCCACCGAGUGUGUACAAGGAUCUGCGAUCGACGCAUAGAGUAGCGCGCGUAAAUCUCUAUUGCCUGUCCUGGGUAAUGGCUUUCGGUUAAGGCUUGGGAGUUGCCAUCUCUAUGCGCGUCUCUAUGUCUUCUUCAAGUAGGAAAGCCACAGAUAUGCGAGCUAGAGAUGCCAACUUUCAACCCCUAACUCGGCUGCUGUUGCUUUACUCCGCUCAUUUGCUUAAGCAGUUACUGCGUCUUAACUGUGCGUGAAAAAGUGGGCUCAUUAGAAUUGAUCAAAACCAAAGCUUACGUGGUGAUGAUGAUUUCCGUUUUAUCGCUGUUAGCCAUGCUGUGCGCAGGGUUGCCGAUAUCCAUCAUAGUAUUCGUAGCUGCGGGAGACGGAUAUGAUAACAAAAGCUUCGUGUCCGCUUGGGUAUCCUUAAGGCCAUCAAAUCCAAGUAGGAUGAUCCAAUUCUAUUCAUUUCCAAGUAGUAGGUGUUGUUGAGCUCUAAUAUCCGACUCACUAAGCGAGUGCACGCCGUUCACCUACGACAAGGACCAGAGAGGAAAACCACCUGAAUUCGAUGACGACGGAGUGAUAACGAAUGGUGGCGAUCCAAAUAAUUGCCACUACACUCGAAAGUGCUGUGCGCAAGAACGGACAGAGGUUUACGGCUUGAAACAUUUCAUGUAUACUAAAAGCGGGUAGAAGGAGUAGUUAGUCGUCAGGGAAAUCUUGAUAUGCAGAUUGCCGAAUGGAGUCACGCCAUCAAGUUUCUUCUACUCCCCCCCCAGCAAUACUAGCAUUGCUAUCGAAAAAUGAAAUGUUUCCUCAAGAACCCUUUUUAAGAAGUUAGUUGCUACCAACAGUCGAAAGAUAGGGCAGUGUGUCUUCGAAGUGCGGUUACGUCGAUCGAUAAUAAGCGCCAUCAUGAGCUGAGUCUUCCUUCAUACCAGAAAAAUAUCAAAGCCAGAGCUGGGCUCCUGCUAGACGCUUCCAUUAAGUACGUGACGCAAGCACAGUUCGAUAGCGAUGGGGGACUUACUGAGGUGAGUAGAGGUCAUUGUUUUCGGACUCUAGAUUAA